AUGUUUGUGACUCCUACUGUUCCCGCUAACGAAGCACUGAGGGCUGAAGCAGCAGCCCGAGUUGCUGCAGCAGCACGUAGCCUCUCAGACACGGAAGCAUCUCUGGACACAGCAGCAGGUGGCCGCAUCCCUCGUAUACUCGCAGAAGCAACAGAGAGACGCGUGAGGUGGCAGCUGCUGCCUCCGGGAAGCACAAAAGACUCCCCAGGUGCUGCAGGUGCUGGAGGUGCUGUUUCGUGUGGCUAUCGAUACAGAACAGCAGCAGCGGCAAUCGCAGGAGCCGCAGCAGCAGAUACACUGACACCAGGUACCACCGAUGCUGGAAGCAGCAGCGCAGGUGAGGAAACGCAUCGCAGGCGGGUGCGCUGCAGCAGGCGGCAGCAGCAGGAGAGCGAAGGCAGCGGCAGCAGGAAGCCGGGGAGGCACAAGCAGCGGCGUUGGCUGCAUCAGCAGCUGCUUGUUGCUGCUCUGCGCCGCCUUAUAUUUGCUGCUGGAGAGGACCCCCGUGAAGCUAAAAUAGACAUGUGGGGAGCACCGAAGCAGCCUUCCUGCUGGCAGCUGCUGCAGGCUGACCCUGUAGCACGCGAGUUGUACAUAAAGAGAAAAGAAGGAAACCUAGAGGGGCCCCCAGGGGCCCCUUCAGAGUCUUCUCCAGAGAGAGAAGGCACUCAGCAGCAGCAGCAGCAGCAGCAGCAGCAGCAACAGCAGCAGCAGCAUUAUCCGCUGCUGCUGCGAAAAUCGCACUGCCUUAGGAUUGUGAAGCAGCAGCAGCAGCAGCAGCAGCAGCAUAUGGGCAGGCCGGCGCUGCGAGCUGCUUCUGUAGAUGGAUUGAGGCACUCGGAGCUGCUGCGGCGCAGAGCGUUAGACAGUGAAGAGAGCGAAACAGACACAGACUCUGCUCCCCAAGCAGCAGCAGCAGCUGCAGCAGCAGCAGCAGCAGCAGCAGCCCUGCCAAGUCGUCCAGGUGCAGCAGCCUCUCCCGGCGCUGCUGCCCUCGCACGGGAACUCGAAGUGCAGCGUUUGCUGCUGCAGCAGCUGGCGGAGUCGGAGCUGCAGCUGCUGCCUUCAGUGCAGCGUAUGAAGUCUUUGCGUGCAGCCUUCAGGCCAAUGAAGCAAAUAACCAGAGAUGCUGCUGCUUUCUUUCGUAUAAGUGCUGCAAUUGAAGGCGCUAUUCGCCAGGCAUACAGCUCGCUUGCUGCUGUAAAGGGGGGCCUGAGGCAGCUGCUGCAGCAGCAGCUGCAGCAAGAAGCAGCAGAAGCAGCAAAGGCAGCAGAAAAACAAAAACACAGAAGGCCAAUCCUUCACAGCAGCAACAGCAGCAGCAACAGCGGGGAGUCCCCGAGUGGCAGCAGCCCUAGCAGCAGCAACAACAACGCUUCCAGCAGCAGUAGCAGCUGCAACAGCAGCAGCAGCAACAGCAGCAGCUUGCGAUGUGUGCGUCUGAAUAAGGAUUCGGAGGUGCCGAAGGCUGAGGCAAUCUCUGCGCCGUCUAUGUCUGCUGAUGAGUUGCACUUUCUUGAUUGUGUAGAACGCCUGCAGCAGCAAGCUGAAGCAGCACAAGCAGCUGCAGCAGCAGCAGCAGGAGCAGGAGCAGGAGCAGCAGGGGAGCAGCGGGAGUGGCUGCUGCUGUGGCGGCUGUCUGGGUUUGAACGAAAAGUAGCGCAUGCAUUAGUUAGCCUAGCAGCAGACUUAGAGUCUGUCUCGCUCUCUCCUCUAGACCUACCAGCCCCCCUAAAGGCACCUCCCUCUACACCUCAGCAGCAGCAGCAGCAGCAGCAGCAACAGCAGCAGCAGAUGAGCAGACGGAAGGUCGCUGCUAACACCCCACAGAAGGUUUUGAUUAUUUGCAGAAAACGUCAGGCUGCAGAGACACCCGCCUCCCUGCCGCCUGUUUCUCUCGCUGCUUUGUUGGUUUGCGCUGUAACUGCAGCUAUAUAA